AUGCGCAACAGCAAAAGUAGCUUCCUCCUUGCUAGUCGCUCCGACUCCGAUACUGGCACAGACAGUUUAGUCUCCGUCACUCCCGUCACUUCACUCAGCUUCGCCACGCCCACAGGCUCAGCCAGCCAGCAGUCUGGCUUUGCGGAUGGCAUUGGAUACAAUAACGAGAUCCUUCAACCAGCCAAUGCAGACAAUCAACUAGCAAGCAGCCAUCCUGUCAUCACAGCCUCGGAUUCAGGAUUCAGAUAUCCAAGUGCACGUGAUCUCGAUCAGUCAGUGAAUGGUAAGUCUGUUUUCCGGGGCCCUUUGCAGCUUGCUGGCGAGCUCUCGGCAACCCGAUCCCCUCUGCCUGUGCCCAAAGCUGGCUUGUGCACAACUUCGCCUCUGGAUUUUAGACAUCUGCCUUGUGAGAGCCGGCUUCCUGUGGUGCUAUCACCAGACAUAUUAACUAAGACCGGAUGUACCAGUUGCAGCGAAUCCAUCGAGAAAGUGUUGUCACACCAGGUCUGCGACUUUGUGGCAGCUGGAAAUGAGGCAUCCGCCAUUAAAAGAAUUCAG